ACCGAGUUAAUAGACCUCCAGUGGCACCCCAACAAGGGUACCACCCACCCACAGAACAGCUAUAUGCAAGGACUCCCACUCAGCAACAACAGGUGCCGAUUGGUAAUACAUAUAGUAGGUACCAUGAACGAGGCAUGUUCUCCCCUCAAGGCCAGCAAACAGGACAGGAAUAUGGAGCAUUCUCACAGGGAGCCAGACAGCAGGUUCCUUCUGCCCAACAGGUGGCAGCACCUGGGUAUCCAACAACUUCUCCCCAGGUGGCAGCACAGGGUUAUCCAACAGGAACUCAUCAGUUUCUGCCAUCAGGUUACCAACCACCAAACCAACAGACAACAGCACAAUAUACACCAGGAUAUUUGCCACCAAACCAACAGAGGGCAGCACAAUAUACACCAGGACAUACGCCACCAAACCAACAGACAACAGCACAAUAUACACCAGGAUAUACCCCACCAAACCAACAGAGGGCAGCACAAUAUACACCAGGAUAUACGCCACCAAACCAACAGAGGGCAGCACAAUAUCCAUCUGGAUUCAGUCAAACGACACAACCAGAAUCCUCUAUAUUUGGAUCAAAUGCACCAGUGAAAAGUAUGCCGUCUGCGGGGACUGGAGACCAAGGCAGCAUGAUGUCAGGGGUUAACGUACCUGGUAAUAUGGGAAGGAAUCAGUUUGGGGGUGCUAGGGGGGCUAUGGGGGAUCAGACCCAUCCAGAGGGACCAUCACCACCGAGUGGCCUCUCAGAAAGUACAGGCCAAACGUCUUUUGCCACUGGGGGUCAAGGCCGGGGUCAAGGUCAGGGUCAAGGCUAUCCUGGAGAAGAGCAAACUGAUUCUAGGAAGGCUACAGCAGAGGAAGUGUCGGCAUUGAGACAAUCAGGUGCUUUCUUACUGGAUCCCUGUCCAUGGCCAGAGUUCAGGACCAGGGACAAUCUGUACUAUUUUAACUAUGGCCAUUUGGUGACCAUGACCAAUGGUUUCCAGGACCAAUUGGCUAAAGAUGAGGAGUGUGGGUUUGGGGGCGUACAUAAAGGCACUUUCUGUUACGAUGGACCUUUGAAAAAUAGGGAAAUUGCUGUGAAGAGGCUCAAAGAGGGCAGUUGCCAGGGAGAUUUGGAGUUUGAUAGGGAGAAGGAAAUAGCCAAGUUAAAGUACACCUAUCUGCUGACGGCACUUGGCGUAUGUGAAGAGGAGGGAGGAGGAUAUCGCAAAGCCUUGGUGUAUGUUUACAUGACUGGUGGCACAUUGAAAGAUAAAAUUGCCGCCAAACAACUAGACUGGAAAGCAAGACUCAGGAUAAGUGUGCAACUUGCAGAUGCAGUGUGUUUUCUGCAGGACUCAGGCACACCAAUAUUUCAUCGAGACAUCAAGCCAGGCAAUGUGUUUUUAGAUGACAGGAACAAUGCUCGUCUUGGUGACAUGGGAUUUGCCAGGAUGUAUAAGACUAAGCACGCUGGGUCAGAGUCGGCUUCUGCUGUCUCAGUUGUUUCCAAAAGAACAGGUCACACCCCAGGUUAUGCCUGUCCCCAGUACAUGAAAACUGGGAAAGCGAAAAAUAAGACUGACUGUUUCAGUCUGGGUGUUGUGUACUUGGAACUGCUUACCAAUGUGACGGCCAUUGACAAAAAAGAUGGCGCCUUUGUUCAUGAUGAAUGGUACGAGGAGGGACAUUUCAUUCCCAUGGAAGAAGGGGGAAGUAUGGACUCCUUGUGGAUGUUUGGCGUUAAUGCAGUGUCUUGGCCUGAAGAAGUAGCCAAAAAGUAUACACAGUUGAUAAGCAAGUGUAAAGAACAAUUUCCCAAACGAAUAAAACCAAAGGAUUUACUUUCUGAACUACAGGAUUUGUUUAAGCAACAUGUGGGAGGAGCUUUGUAUGCAGGCCUGGAAGCAGGCGACAGCUUCAAGACAGAAAAGUGUGUCUACUGCCUUGUUCACAACACAGCUGCAGAGCCAAUGGAGUGUGGUUGCAGCUUCUUGUGUGCCAGCUGUAUUAAGCAGAGAGAAGGAGGAUCUUUCAAGUGUCUCAAACAUGAAAAAGAUGUCAAGCCACAUGGUGAAAUCCCACUGUCUCAGUUAGGCCAGGUUAAAGUGCCAGACAAUUACAGUGUCAGUGUCAUGAAAUCCACAGUGCAGUUUUACAAGGAUAAUAAAGAUCAGGCAUAUCGUAUGAGCAACCAUCCCAAAGGAAGUGCUUGCAUAAUCAAUGUGCAGUCAAUUACCAUCCAGAAAAAAGGCAAGACAAAAGUGUUGCCCCCCAGACAUGGGACAGACGUAGAUGCUGCCAAACUGGAGACCCUGUUCAAGCAGCUUUGCUUUGGUGUAACAGUGUUUGAUGAUUUCACUGGACUGACUGCCCAGGCAAUUAUUGAAAAGUUGAAGAAUUUUGCUGGGAGUGAGAAACAGAAGGAUGUGAACUGCAGUGUGGUUUGUAUUCUCAGUCAUGGCGCUGGACAGGAUGCAUUUUAUGGCACAGAUGGUGAAACAGUCUCUAUGGAUACAGUGGUUGAUAUAUUUAACAACGAGAACUGCCCUGCUUUGAAGGGGACACCAAAGCUCUUCUUUCUUCAGUUUUGUAGAGGAGGAAGGGAAGAUUCUGGGGUCCAGGCUGAUAGUGAUCUUGUCCCCACCAUUCCAACUAGAACGGACAUGUUAAUAGGCUACCCUACUGAGCCUGGUUAUGUGGCCUAUCGGGACCCUCAGAGAGGAAGCUGGUAUAUACAAACUUUGGUCUGGGUGUUCAUGAAGUUUGCCUGUUGUUUAGAUGUGUGUGCCAUGCUGAAUGCGGUCAAUAAGCUGAUGAUGAACAAGGAUAGUGAUGGGAACAAGAAGCAGAUGUCCUUGUUUAAAAGUAUGUUGACGGAGCCACAACUCUUCCUGUUUCCUGGAAUCAUCGAGAAUAACAACGAAGCACAACAAUCAAACUGUGUUCAUGGACAGAGUUGAAUAUAUCUGUCUGCCAUUUGAUGUGGCACCGCAAUCCUGUUAAAGCAGGAUUUUCUGAAACCUUUGUUUCUGUUUCACCUAUCAGAGCAGGGCUUUUAAAAAGCCUGUUUUUUUUUCUUCCUAUCAGGGCAGGACUUUCAUAAAGCUGUUUUUUUCUUCCUAUCAUAGAAGGGCUUUCAAAAAGCUGUUUCUUUUCUUUUCUUUUUUUUUUUUUUACAGUUGACAAACCUGAAAUAUUUUGUAUAACAUUGGUCUUGAGAUGUAUCUUAGUUUUAUAAGAGCCACUGGACAAAAUUUUGUUUGAAUGUGACUGUAUUCUUACAUACUGUAUGAUAGAUAUGUUUUAAGAGCAGAUAGUAAUAGCUUUGCUGAAAAUAUUAAAUCUUUGAUAUCAAUAAAUGCAAGCUUGAAAGAUUUAAAAUGAAAAUAUUUAGCCCUCUAAUGGUCAGAAGGCUCGAAAGUGCUCCUUUGUAAAUUGAGUUACUUUUAAAAAAUGGCAUCAUUUCAGUGUCACUCUGCAGAAUUAAUAGGAUUCCAACUUUUAUUACCAAGAAAGGGUUAAACCUCUUUCCUUAAGGAAAAUUGUACUAAUAUAUAUAUGGUAAAAUUAAGAUAUAUUAAAUGUAUCUCUGUGUGUGUUUGUGUAUGUAAUUAAUAUGAUUUGAAGACAAAGCAAUGUUCUAAAAUGUAUUCAUGAGUCUUAAGCAGUUCAUAAUGUAUGUAUAUCUGAAUGCAUAUAUUGAAAUUUCUUUCUAAUACUUUGCAAAAAAAGUUGUAUCUCUCUGUUACAGUGUCCUUAUUAUGCUGUGAUUUACAAAUGUUUAACUUGGAGUCACUGUGAUUCAUAUAAACAUGUAUUAGGGAGAUUGGAAUACUAAGUGAUAUUUGUUAUACUUAUUCAUAAUUCUUAAGAGUAACAUUUUAUAUGAAAUUGUGUGUAUCCUAAUGUACAUAUUAAAUAAUCUUUCAAAUACUUAACUUUACAGAAGAAACUUUGACUGAGUGAAUAGUUUUCAUUACAUUUAUACACGUUAAAAAUUCUAUAAGAGUUACUGGCAGAUUUCUAGUGAUGUUCCUUAGAGAACUGAACUGAACAUAGAAAUUUUUUUGACAAUUGACGAGAUGGUUAAUGAGCGCAACCAACCCUGAUUUUUAAAAAGUUACAUUUUAUUAUUGGCUCCAUUUUUUUCACGUGUUUAAAAAAAUGACUGGGUUUGAGUUUUGCUAGAGAGAGAAAUUGACCCCUUAAUUGACCCCAGGUUGUUUUGUGCCCCUCCUCCACCCCCCCCCCCACCCCCAUUGAAAAAAAUUAUGAUCUCUGAAAUUUAGUUAUGCUUCUUAAAUGUCAAUAAUCAUAUCAUCUACUAAUUCUUGUUAGAAGGGAAUCAAUAUACAUUAACCAACUCAUCAAUUUUGUUGGGAAUAAUAUUGCACAAUAUUCUCAUCCAAUAUUUAGUAUUCUUCACCCAAAGCUUGAACAUUUUGUAUAAUGUUAACAUAACUAUUUUAUAUGCCUCUUUAAUGACUGUUUUUUCAUUCCAUGUUAGGGGGCACUAUAAUUUAUAGCAUUUAAUUGAAAAUCACUUGGAAUAUGUGCUAAUAUUACACAAAGUGUGCCACUGAAGUGGCUCAGAGAAACGCUUUCUGUGGAACAUGGUCUUGAACUGAUCAGGGAAAGUUUUAAUGUAGCAAAAAUACUGUUUGCUCUCCAAAAUUAAGUAUUUAAAAUAUGAUAUUUUUGUUACUAUUAGCUGCCAUUUAAAAAUGGUUUAUACUUGUUGUUGUAGUUGUUUUUAUGAAGCAAUUGUGAAAGAAAUUAAGUUACAUGUACAUGUAUACGUAACAUUUGCAGCAUACAGAUACUGUACCUGAACAUGCACCAGUGUUAGCAGCAGAAUGUGCAGAAUGAAAAUUAUGUGCCAUAUAGAUUUGAUGCAAAUUUUUGGGUGAUGAAAUCUAACAUAACAUUAUGACGGAUUAAAAUGAGUUUGAAUUUGAA